GCCAAGCAACAUUUUAUAAAUUCCAAUGAAAUUCGACACCAAUUUCGCAUAUUCGAAUCGCUAUUUGGGUCAGCUUUAAACGACUUCCUGUCCCCCAAAUUCUAAGAAAACCAGUUUCAUUUCUUGCAAAAUAGGCUUGGCGUGCUUAUUAACACCUCACACACGGAACGCGUGCAUCUCAAAGUAAGUUUUAACACUUCUUAAUUCUUAAAAUAAUCAAACUUUCAAUGCUCAAUGCAUCAUUUUUGGUUUGGGAAUUAAUACUUGUGCUUUGAAGCAUGGAAAGGCCGCAAUUAAGGGUUGAAAAACUGUUGGAAUUAACCGUAUUUUAUGCCCUUUUAUAGGCUGUUUACACAUAUCAUAGACCGCGAGUAGUCUACACAUAUCAAGUCAUUGUUCAAAUUUGAUUUGUGGUUUUGUACAGUUUUUCACUUAAAAAAUGAGCUCAGGUAAGGGCUAUCAAUAUGACUGUUUAUAAUACAUUGUUACAUCCCUUGGGAAUACUAUAAUAAUAGCUACAUAUAUACACUUUCAACUUUUAUUUAUGUAGAGCCGCUAAGCGUUCGUGCGUUGCUAAUUCAUGCACAACAACAACAAGAGUUUGCAAAGCAAUUUUAAUUACGCGCUGUAUUAUUACUGUAAAAUAAUUAUUAAUACUACAACACUGCUUUAAAAUUGCCGCAUUUUUCCAAAGAGAGCUUGAUAUUAAUGCAAUUUUCCUUAAAAGGUUUUGGGAUAUUGUAGUAUUUUCCUCGUAUUAUGACACGUAAUUUAUCACUCAAAGGGCAAAGCUUAUGUGAUUACACAAGGGGCAUAUAUAUUGGGUUAAUAAUAAGAUCAAGCUCCUUGCCCACAUCAGUAAUUUAUUUGGGAUUUUAUGAGUUUUGAUGGCAUAGACCUGUUCUCCCUAAAAUCCUGCAAUCCCAAUUUUUCCUUCGACUCUAUUAUUCUGUGAACCCUUUAUAUGUAAGUGGCAAUAUCACAGGAAAUUACAUGUAAUGGUUUUUGAAUAUAAAAACUGAAUUCUUACCAUUAUUCAUUAUUAGAUAUAUCCCAUAUCGUAAAUACCAUGAUGUUUAAUAUUUACCAAAUAAUAUUUGGUUUAAAACGUUUCCUGCAGCAAUUUUAUGGUUUUCACUUGUUUCCAUCUACCGAAUUGAUGUUACAUAAUUUGAUCAAUUUCUAAAGUUGUUUCUUUUUGGAUUUUAAAAAUUAAUUUGGUGUUAGAGUUGCAGUUAGGGGUUAGAGUAGGGUUUGUCUCAUAGUCAUUUAACACCUCUUCCGAAAAUGAUGUGAUGUCAGUUUGGUAGACAUGACGACCCGCACGUUUUGAAAAACAGCGGGAUCUGCAAACUGAGUUUGCAACUUCAGGAGGCAAGCAACGCUAAUCGCAUUAUUAAUUACCGCUAUAAGAUGUCAUCAAUCCAGGUUCAGUUGCUUAAACGCAGUGUGAAACCAAGCAAGUAAUAAGCUAAUUUUCUGUUAUGCAUUAAAAUAAAAGUGUACAAAUAUGUCACAAUGCUAACUGUUGACAAGUCACCUAGGGCCAGGCUAUACUAUAUAGUGUACAAUGUGUAAUAAGGCUGCUUAUAAUAUGUAAUAAGACCCUUGUGUUGUAAAGCAAAACGUUCUUGAUAUCUUAGAGAAUAGCACGAUAAUUCCAUGUCGAGACCUCGGAACAUAGUUGCCGUCUUAGAUCUUGGCAGUAGAAAAAGUCCGGCUUCAAAGCGUAAGUUUUCUGUGGCUAAAUAAUAAAGAAACUAACUUAUAAAGUUAUAUAAUUAUACCGCCUUUUCCUAUAGGCCCUAGUGCGCACAUGAAUCUGGUACAAACGUUUUCACCAACGUAUAUAUCUAAUGUAUAUAUUAUUCCAAAAACAAUAGCUGCAUUGACACCAUUGUCUUAGCUAAUCUAUGGAAUCUACGCUCGCGCCUGUGUUGUGAGGUAAAGAAUAAUAUAAGACCCCUUUUAAGCUUCCACUGGCUAAGAAAAGAUGGGACAUCUUCAUAACCUGUCAGCAAAAGAUGGGACAUCUUUCUGACACAAGAGUUCUCACUAAAAGUAUUCUAGAUAUUAUUCCAAAACCUAUAGCGCAUGCAAGCUGCACCUCCUUACUCUAACUUAGCCUGAUGUAAAGAAUAAUAUAAGACUCCUUUUAAGCUUCCACUGGUUAAGAAAAGAUGGGACAUCUUCAUAACCUGUCAGCAUGCAAAAGAUGAGACAUCUUUCUGACACAAGAGUUUUCACUAAAAGUAUUCUAGAUAUUAUUCCAAAACCUAUAGCGCAAGCUGCAUCGCCUUACUCUAACUUAGCGUGAUGUAAAGAAUAAUAUAAGACUCCUUUUAAGCUUCCACUGGUUAAGAAAAGAUGGGACAUCUUCAUAACCUGUCAGCAAAAGAUGGGACAUCUUUCUGACACAAGAGUUUUCACUAAAAGUAUUCUAGAUAUUAUUCCAAAACCUAUAGCGCAAGCUGCACCGCCUUACUCUAACUUAGCGUGAUGUAAAGAAUAAUAUAAGACUCCUUUUAAGCUUCCACUGGUUAAGAAAAGAUGGGACAUCUUCAUAACCUGUCAGCAAAAGAUGAGACAUCUUUCUGACACAAGAGUUUUCACUAAAAGUAUUCUAGAUAUUAUUCCAAAACCUAUAGCGCAAGCUGCACCGCCUUACUCUAACUUAGCCUGAUGUAAAGAAUAAUAUAAGACUCCUUUUAAGCUUCCACUGGUUAAGAAAAGAUGGGACAUCUUCAUAACCUGUCAGCAAAAGAUGGGACAUCUUUCUGACACAAGAGUUUUCAUUAAAAGUAUUCUAGAUAUUAUUCCAAAACCUAUAGCGCAAGCUGCACCGCCUUACUCUAACUUAGCUGAUGUAAAGAAUAAUAUAAGACUCCUUUUAAGCUUCCACUGGUUAAGAAAAGAUGGGACAUCUUCAUAACCUGUCAGCAAAAGAUGGGACAUCUUUCUGACACAAGAGUUUUCACUAAAAGUAUUCUAGAUAUUAUUCCAAAACCUAGCGCUAUCGAUGUGGCAUACUCAAAAUUUGAUAUGAAACAACUAUAGCCACAAAAAAUUGGAUAUUGUCAAAUCUGAAAGCCAGGGGUACGGCUCAUCUCCGCGUUUACUCAUCACUAGCUCGCCCGGGAAAUACUCUGGCGAUGCCCAGCGUAAUGUCUAAUGAUAUCAAAUUUAGUUCAAUGGGCCAUUUUAGACUAAUUUUCGAUUCUUUUGAAAAUGCUUACGCAAGUUUAAUUUAAACGCUGAUAUCUCACCAGUCAAUAUUUCGUAAUACGGUGAUAUCUCAUGUAUAACCUAUCAGCCUUUUAAUGAAUACAGCUACAUUUAUUUGAGCGACGUAUAGCGUUUAUAGUUUUUUCGCUAUGGUAUAGAUCAAACGCCUGAACUUUUUUUGCGCCACCCGGUUUAUAUAUGUAAAUAAAUAUUAUUUGUCUUGUUGCUACCUUGUAGGCCUAUCAAAAUAUAGAAAUAAGUAGCUAUAUUAAAUAACAAAUAUAGUACAAUCAACUCGCGGUUGUGAUAGCCCUGCUUGAAAGCCGUGGUAACUAGCAUACUGUAUACUAAAGAAAUAAUAACUGAUUGCGUGCUGCAAUACCUAUAGGCUGUAGCCUUUUGACUAUUACCUAACCUUACUGAUUGAAAAUACUUCGCAUUAAUUAUUAUUCUUUAAUAAGCAGCCAUCAAAAUAUUGCCAGUUUGAUCGAUCUUGUUCUCCAUCCUGAAUCCAUACACAAGUCAAGCAGAAUGCAUGCACUCUUCUUCAGACUACAUUUUGGCACAAUUUGAACUUUGCGCGGCAUUGUCUGCUAAUUAACAUUAUUAGGAAUUGGUGAUGACAACCUGGUUUGUAUGUUAGCUCAGUUAGUUAUUUGCUACGUCAUAUCUAUGGGGUUAAAUUUCAUGCACGCAUAAAUUAUUUCACUAUAAAUUCAUUAUACAUGUCACCACUCUUACCACCUCGACUAAUAAUGCUGUGGUAACCAACACCUUCAAGAUAAUUCAAUUUAUAGGCGUGCGGGUCGUCAUGGAAACAAGUGCUGACCCAAUUUUAUUAGUUCUAAUUCUCUCUUACUUCUGCCCAUUUAGACGGUGAACAUUUUACCUUUGAUUCAAAUGCUAACCAAUAUGGAGCUCAGGUAAUUGUAUUGUAUGGAAUUUGUCAAUUUGAGUAACUAAGUAAGUGGGCGUGCAGGGCUGCCUAGAGCUAGGUUGCGCAGGGGUCAGGACAAAACUUUCCAAGGAGGUUGGGGGCUAUGACAUAAUAAUUGUAAAAGGGGAGUUCUAAGCAGUGUUUUUCAAUACAUUACACUUUAGUACAUAUUAUCCCAACACUAACACAGCGAGCGUUGCUAAGUCCAGGAAAAGUGGGAAUUCAAUAUCUGGAUUUUUAGGGAAUCGCAGGAUAUUUUGGGAGCUUACUUGGGAUUUUUACAAAAUUACAGUUGGCAACGCUGAACGCAGCUGGGAUUUACAUUCUAGGACCUUCAUUGCUGAGGGCUAGGGGCAAAGUGCCCCAUUGCCCAACCCCUCUCUGUGACGCUGUGGGUGGUACUAUCACCCUUGUAAACGAGAGCUGAGCAGAAUAUUAUGGAGUAUAUAUAUAUAUAUAUAUAUAUAUGCAAUUUGAUUUGGUUUAGUCCUUUCUUUAAUAUUGUUAUAUAUAUAUAUUCACAUGCAUGCACAUCUCACAGGUAGCAAUUAAAGGCUAGAGGUGAUAUAUAUAUAUAUAUAGUGGUGAUGAUAUAUAUUGUGAAAUUACUGCUCUGUGCAUGAUUAGACAUUGAGUUUAAAAAAAUGGGUCUUGAUUCUUGAAACUGGUUGCUACACAUAGUCCUUAUCACUUUGUCCCUCAUGAUAUUUUCUUUUCUUAUAGGGAGACAGACAUUCACCGCCAACAUUAGAUGAAUGUCACCGUGAUAAACAAGCUAAUAGGUACUGUUUAUUCACAUAUUAUCCCACAAGUCUGCACAACUUUCACAGGAAAAUAACUUUUGGUUUAUUGUUAUAGGCCUCCUAUUUUGUUUCUCCCACGACAAGGAAGUGUCGAACACGGCCGGUUUGAAGAAAUUUUGGUAACAAACUAAUUAAUGCUUAGCCUAAUAUUUUAUUCUGAAUAUUUCGACAAUUCAAUAAGCAAAUUAAUUUAACCCAUUAAGUGGCAAUGCCCCCUACUUUAUCAUUUUACUCCAGACAAUUUUAUUAGUCAAGGGAAGAGUGUUACCACACAAAUUAAAUAUUUCUCUGUUCUUGCUGUUGAACAACACAUGCAAGACAAGCCUCGUCCCCAGGCACUUUGAUUUGAUGCGCCAUUUCGUAGAGUUCCAGUUCCGGCCAGGACUAAUAAAAAAACCCAUGGCCAGAACCGUAACUUUGUUGUUUUAGAGAGAAUUUAGAGUAUCAAGUUUAUUUAUUGAAAUAUAGCAUAUAUAGGAAGAAAUUUGGACUAUAUAUACACAAGAAAAAUGUACACUAUUAACAUUUCAUUUAUGACAUUUAUAAUGAUAGUCAAUCUUUUUAGUCUAGCUAACAUUUGCAUGCUCUUUGAUGACUGAAAGUGUCUGGUGCACCCCUAAGAAUAAUUAACAUUGUUUUUUUCACUAAGAUAACAGCCAGUUGAUCACCAUAAUAUGCUGCAUGCAUGAUAGCACUUUUAUUAAACUGUAGAAAAAAACAAAGAAGUAUGAAACAAUAUCGAAAGUACCAUAUCAUAUUCAAGAAGAGGUGAAAGACGCCCUCAAUGUAGCAAAAGAAAGUCGAUUGGAUUGGCGUGGUGUCGCUUCAAGGAUGGGUGUAAAAGCACCCACCAUAGAAAAAUUUGCAAAGGAUUUUAAAGAAAAUCCAACUGAUAAACUUUUCCAAGAGCUGUCAAGCAAAAAAACCACAGAACUUCUUCAAGUUUUGUAUCAGAUGGAUCUUCACGAUGUAUUAAACAUUUUCUAUGAUGAAAUGUGUAUUGACAAAUCAGGUAGUCUACCAUUAUGCUAAAAUUUCCAACACCUAUCUAAUACGUGCUGCUUUCUAAUUUACUGACACCUCUUAUAAUAUGUACAGCUCUCUAGUAUGUACUAGUCCUCUGCAAUUUGGGCACCACUCUAUAAUGCAGACAUCUCUCUAAGACAGACAAAUCUCUAAGACAGACAUCUGAUUGUCUAAAAUAGACAUCUUUCUAAUGAGGACACCUCUCUAAUACAGACAUCUUUCUAAUAUGGACAUCUCUUUUCCAGCCAUUUCUCUAAUGAUCUCCCCAAUAGGGAACCUUACUAAUACAGAUAUUUUGCACUGUAUUAAAGAGGUUCAACAAUAGGUUGAAUCUAACAAAGCUUUGAGCAUGCAUUGGUCAUUUGCCACCCCAGAUUAUAUAUACUUACAUACCUGUGAAUAAUUAUAAGAAUGAGCAAAUUAACUGCAUUGGUUAGUUUUAUUCAUCAUCAAAUGAAGACAAUACGUACUAUAAUAAACAAUUACUGCAUGAUCAAUAUUUCAACCAGAUUACCACCAUCUGUUAUCUGCUACUGCUGAAAAUGCACCUAAAAAGCUGCCUUGUGCUCCAAUGCACCCUACUCUAUUAUUUUACUCUAAUGCCAGGUGGUUUUACUCAUCAAGGGGAGAGCACUGGCACUCAAGGAUGGGUUACUUUUGUAUUUGUAGAUAGUACAGGAGCAGGGGAAAAGAGAGAAAAAUAUCAAAGCUCAAAAUUCCCUAGCCAAGAGUCAACACCUGUUAGUGGUGCCUCAUCUGCUAGGUAUUGAAGAUUUCUGGAUUUAUUUUUAAUAAUGUAAUAAGGAAUUUAGUUAACCACUGAAAAUAAUAAAACACACUGAAAUUAUUUUACAUUUUCUACAGCGAAUUUAUUGCAUCUCCAAAUACACCAAAAAGUCCAUUCAAUACACCAAAAGGUAAGACACCAUCAUGGUUUAACUUUUUCUAACAUUUUAGACAAUCAAUGGUAACUAUAUGGUAACUGUUUGUAAUGGUAUGUUUUCUACAUAGAUACUGGGACUCCCGAAAGUGCAGAGGUAGGGAGAUAUACUAACUCUCAUAUACUAAAUAAUCACGCUUUUGCUUACUUGCUUAAUUGUCACUCACUUGCCCUUAUAUAUAAUCUACUUAACAUAGCUAACUUAUUAAGCUUAAGAACUACCUACCAACUUACGAACUAAUGAAGCUACCCAACCUGCAUACAUUUUUUUUUAAAAAGUUCUCUUUUAAUUUUUUAGCGGAGUGAUUCAGGAAUGGGCAGUAUUAGCUCCCAACUACCAAACUCAAGGUAAUUUCAUUUUCAUAAUUAUGUUAUCUAUAUAUUAAUAAGCAUGACACACUAAAUUAUCAUUUUACUUUAUCUUUAGGCCAAAGACUGGUUCUUUUGCUAAACAAAACAGCGAUAAAGAUUUAGGUUAAUAAACAGCUUAUGAUGAUCUAAUGAUCUGUUCUAUAUUAUAUAUAUAUAUAUAUAUAAUUACAUAAUUACCUCACAUGGUAAUUAAUUAGAACAAUAUAGUGAAGCCACUUCAUCUGCAUUUAUAUGCUAUUUUAAAUCUCAUUUCUAGCCAAAAGUUUGAAAUCAACAGUCAAUUUCCACUCCACCUAUUCUGCUAAUUUUUGGCAUAAAAUUCCACCAAAACCUGGAUCGACUACAAAGGUACAAUGCUAACCCCUAAAGUGAGGUACAAAGCUAACCCCAUUAAGCACCAGCACUCUCCCCUUGAUGAGUAAAAUCAUCUGGCAUUAGACAGAGUAAAAUAAUCUGGUAUUAGACAGAGUAAAAUCAUAAAGUAGGGUACAUCAGGGAACAAUUAAUGCAACUCAGUGGGUUAACUGGACACAUGGGCAGACAACCAUUAAGUGCCAGAACCGGGCUCAAUCUCCCCUUGACGAGUAAAAUCGUCUGGCAUCAGACAAUUAACGGAAAACUGUUAAAAAAAUUUCCAGGAAUGGAAACAGGUGGAAGAAGUGCUAAAACAGGACUUUAGGAAACAGAGUAUGCAAUCUCAAGUCAUGAGAUUCAUUUGUUAUGUGCUUAAGAUCGAACCUUACGGUAAGUUAAUUAAAACUACUAAAUUUUUGCCCACUUUGGAAAAUGCAACUGCAUCAAAAUUGAAAUCCAAUAAAGCAGCGAACUAUUUUAGUGCCACUUUAAAUCAAUAGCAUUUAUCUAAAAUCUUCAACUUUUAGAGGAGAGGCACACCAAAUAUGUCCGCGAGCAGGAUUUUGCAAACCUAGUGGCCUGGUUUGGUCCUGUUAAAGAUGGGAAAGAUGGCUUAUUUGAGAAGGUAUUUAUUGCAAUUUAUUUCCAUAAAAAAAAUGCUGAAAAAGUUGUCUUGAAAACUAUUCAUCGCCAUUGAUUUGUAGUAGCUUUCAUUUCGUAAAUAUAUAUUUUUUAAUUCCAGAUCGCGCAGUUGAUAAAAGAAUCUACCACAUACAAGGGAAAUACCGGACCUCAUAGGUAUUGUAGUCUGUUCUCUAAUCUGUUCUCUUGUGGAAAAGAUAAAGCUUUACUUUUCCUCUGCUUUGAUUUUGAAUUCUGUCAUAAUUCUUCUUCAACUGGGGCCAAUGUUAUAGUCCUACAAUAAUUUUCUCAAACCUUCUCUAUUUCAGUUUCUUUGCGGGUUAUAUGACAAAGGAAGAAGCAGACCGGCUAAUCGGAAAUGAAGAGAAAGUCGGAACUUUUCUGAUUAGAUUUAGUUCAACUUAUGCCCAAAGUGGCUCUUUCGUAGUUUGUUUAAAAACAAACACUGGUGCAGAACAUGUACUCCUCGAGGUAAUUUUCUGAACUCGUAAAAUAGAAUUGUUGAACUGAAGUAUAUAUCAAUUACUUAAAAUGAUUCCCUCCAGCUAAGAGCCAAAUUGUGAAAGUUUACUAGGGCCUUCUGUCUACCACCAUACGACCUAUGCUGGAUCACGGAGCACAGUUAAGCUCAGGCACUGUUGGGGAUUGCCUCCUUGACUCACCCAACACUUCUGUGUAACCCACAAUGCCUUUUAUAGUUUGGUACUAGGCGUGCUUUGAAUAGGUUGCUAUAUAUUCUAGACUAACUAUUAAAUUUGCCUGAUCUAGGGGAAUCCUGUAACCGGGAAGCUUUCAUAUGAUGGUAAAGACUACGAUGAUGUGGUCACAUUAUAUAGGCGAGCAUUAUGCAAGGGUGGAGUGUCUCAAGACAGACGUACAUCAUGUACCACAAUAUGCGCAAACUUACCACUGAAUGCCAUGUUCAAACCUUACGGUGCAGGGCCUAGACUUCCCCAGCCGGCUGGAAGAGGACGUGGGCGGGGUAGAGGCCAAGAACAAUAGAAACUAAAACCUUAUAUAUAAAGCUCUAAUUUCAAACUGCGGUAUACAUAGUCUAGUCAGUAGUUGAUAAUGUACAGCUAGGGGGCACCAGAUUAAAUUCAGGGAGCGCCUUCUUGAGGGGCACUUUGUACUAACUUUAGUGUUGAAAAAUUGUAAGUGUAUAGAAAUGUUCUGGACAAAUACAUGUCGAAGUAAUGAUAAUUUUUGCCAUGCAUUUCAUACAUUUAUAAACUACCAGCCUAAGUUUUGGAUAUACAGUAUACAGUAGUUGUUGAUAAACAAUGUAUCUAUAUAAGAAAGGUACACAUUUGUCCCUGCUGAAUCAGUGCUCCCUGGUUGAGGUGCCCCUGCAAACGUCAGAAUGUUUGAUGUCAUGUACAAGAUACAUUUUACAAGCAGGCUAGAACUUUCGUGCUACAGUAUAUGGAGGUGUAUGUUAGAUAACUAUUAUGGUUAAUACUUUUCCCUCGUGUCUACUGCUACUACUACUACUGUACGUGUUUAUUAAACUUAUUUUAAAUUUGAACUCAGUCAUUAAUUGUAGUUGAUCAAUUUUAUAGCACCCAAGUAUGCACUUGUAAAACACAUGUAGAUGUAAUUAUUCUGAAUAAAAAUUAGUACAAAUUCCUUUUUAAAAAUUCUGUAAAUCAGGUAUACGUGCCAAUGCCAGUUUAGCAUAUAGAUUUUAAAUCCUGUACGACUGUAUUAUUUUGUGUGUUGUUCGUUUAUACGGAGGGUAAAAAUACUAUGUACAGUAGAUUUUUGGAUACAUAUGAGAAUACAUGUAGAAACCGUUUGUUUAACUGUGGUUGAAUUUUAUCUUGUUUCAUAGUGCAAAAGUACAAAUUUUCAAAGUAUGGUUGAGAAUAUGAC